AUUUAACGCAGUGAAGUUGGAGAUUUCCGAGUUCCCAGUCGUUCUGAACGCAGUAUAAGUACUCAGCUGUUCGAGGCAAGUCGUCGAAAUGGCUGCAUUUCUGCGAUCUCUCAAAUUUCCUCGAUGUGUUGUACGUUUUUCUGACCGUGAUCUGUAGACCCUCAUCUGAAAACGUUUACGGACAACAGAAGACCACAAUGGCUGAAAGCAUUAUAAAUUCUCGUGGCAUUGUAGAAGAUCAUGAGGGAGAUAAUGAAGAUACUGAUGACUCAAACCUCCAAGUGGAGCUCAAUGUGUUCAGGGCCCAAUGGAUGUCUGAACUGAAGCCCAACUCUGGGUCCAAUGGGGGGAACAGAGGACUGUCGUCAAGAGCUGCAGACCUGAGAAGAAAACAGGAAUUGGCCCGGGAGGAAAAAGCCAGAGAGUUGUUCCUUAAAGCUGUCGAGGAAGAAGAAAAUGGAGCUGUUUAUGAAGCAAUUAAGUACUAUCGCAGGGCAAUGCAGAUUGUGCCUGACAUUGAGUUUAAAAUCAACUACAGUCGAUCUCCUGAUCCAGAUGGUGGCAAUGAGAAUGACAUGGAUGGUGAAAUAGAGGAUCUACUGGCCUACUUCCAUCAGCAGCUCACUCUGCAAGACAACUCUCUGAAGAUAUGUGUUCCUGAGAUGGAGAUGACUCAGAUGCACAUCUCAGCCCUGCCUCCAGAGGUCUUGAUAUACAUAUUCCGUUGGGUUGUGUCUAGUGAUCUGGACCUGCGUGCCCUGGAGCAGCUCUCCCUAGUCUGUAGAGGCUUCUACAUUUGUGCUAGGGACCCAGAAAUUUGGCGUUCGGCCUGUCUAAGAGUGUGGGGCCGGAGCUGUACCAAACUGGUACCCUUCAACUCCUGGAGGGACAUGUUUCUUGAGAGGCCACGUGUGCGCUUUGAUGGUGUUUACAUCAGCAAAACAGCAUACAUCCGUCAGGGAGAGGAGUCCCUUGAUGGAUUCUACAGGGCUUGGCACCAGGUGGAGUAUUACAGAUAUCUGCGUUUCUUCCCUGAUGGCCAAGUCAUGAUGCUGACCACGCCUGAAGACCCACUGGUCACCGUUCCUCGUCUGCGUAGCAGGAACACCAGGGUGGAGUCCAUUAUGUGUGGUCAUUACCGUCUGUCGCAGGACACAGACAAUCAAACCAAAGUCUUUGUUGUUGUCUCCAAGAGAAAAGAAGAGGUGAGUGAGAGAAGUUACAGCAUUGGACUGGGAUUAAUUGAUGUGGGAAGGUAUUUGCAUAUUUAGUUUUCCUGUUAUUUAUUUGUUUACCCCUUUUUCUCCCCAAUUUCGUGGUAUCCAAUUGAAAGUUAGUUUUUUCCCAUCGCUGCAACUCCCAUACGGACUCGGGAGAGGCGAAGGUUGAGAGCCGUGUGUCCUCCAAAACACAACCCAGCUUAACCAGGAAGCCAGCCGCACCAAUGUGUUGCAGGAAACACCGUACACCUGGCAACCGUGUCAGCAUGUAUUGCGCCCGGCCUGCCACAGGAGUCGCAAUGGGACAAGAACAUCUCUGCGGGCCAAACCCUCCUCUAACCCGGACGACGCUGGGCCAAUUGUGCGCCGCUCCAUGGGUCUUCCGGUCGCGGCCGGCUGCGACAGAGCCUGGACUCGAACCAGGAACUCUAGUGGCACUGCUAGCGAUGCAGUGCCUUAGACCACUGCGCCACUCGGGAGGCCCGUUAGUUUUCCUGUUAUACCUUAAACCCAACAAGGUAGUCAGUUUCCUUACCUAUGAACUGGUUCAGUGCAGGACACAGGAUAGGAUAAAAUACUUUUUGGACUCAUGUCAUUGUUCACAGAUGAUUGAAGAGUGCUUUGGCUGUCCAGUUCUGACUGUCCAGAUCCCUGUGUGCGUGUUCUCUCUUGACAGAAGGUGUCAGAGUACCAGAGAAACUCUCGGUUUUGCCGGCGGAACCCAGCGGCACCCGAGACGGAGCACAGCUUUCACGUGGGACUGCAGCUGUCGUCUGGUGGGCGCCAGAGCUUAAACAAGCUGAAUUGGAUUCACCAUUCCUGCCACAUCAACUACAGAUCCACUGGAGAAACUGUUGUCACUGCCUUCGACUUGGACCAGAUGUAUGCAUCUUUCUUCUUUGCACGUGUGAAAAGCUACACAGCAUUUUCUGAACGCCCACUGUAGGGAAGCCUAGAGAGAAGAGAUAAACGUCACCACCCAAAAGUUUACACAACACUUAAGACUAAAUGCAUAUUUCUCUGCCUGUUGGCUAUGGGCUGAACUAUGAUUUUUAAUGAAUGUAUACCAAUCAACCUGCAUCUGAUUCUAAACUUAGUGUGUGUGCCACAUAGCCAUUAUGUCUAUGGCUGUCACAGAAAACAAAAAUUAUUCUACUGAUUCUUCUUUUGAAGACUGGAUAGUUGUCCAGUAUGAUGACAUAAAAUGUCAUAAUAGAUUUUUCACCCAUUUCCAACAAUUAAUAUUUUGACAUUGUUUUUGUUAAUUCUCUAGUAUUAUAUUUUCUCCCAUAUGGUAAAUCAACUGGAAUAAACAAAAGUGGGAACUG